AUGAAUUUUGAAUUUGAGAGGGAGAUCGGGUUUAUAAACAGCCAGCCUUCGCUCGCCGAGUGCCUGACGUCUCUGCCCGCUGUCCUGGAGACAUUUCAAACUUCAUCAAUCAAGGACUCGACGUUCAUUCCUCCUCCUUUCGAGCAGAGCCUCCUGCAAAGCCUCGAUGGCCACUCGGGCAGGAGCCAGAGCCGAGCCCCGCAUGGCCCGGCCCGGCCCGGCCCGGCCCAGCCCGGCCCGCGGGCAGCGCGGUUCCCCUGGAUGAAGGAGAAGAAACCUUCCAAGAGGAGCGGCCACGCUCCGGCCGCUUCGUCCCCACCACCCAUCAUCAUCUCAUCAUCCUCGGAGCCGGCGCCCGCCACGGGAUCUCCCGCAGAGGCGGCGGGGCCGGCGGACAGCGGCGGCUCCAGGAGGCUCCGCACCGCCUACACCAACACGCAGCUGCUGGAGCUGGAGAAGGAAUUCCACUUCAACAAAUACCUGUGCAGACCGCGCAGGGUGGAGAUCGCGGCGCUGCUGCAGCUCAGCGAGCGCCAGGUCAAGGUGUGGUUCCAGAACCGCAGGAUGAAGCACAAGCGGCAGACGCAGCACAAGGAGGAGCCCGCGGAGCGGCGCGGAGGGAGCGCGGAGCAGCGCGGGGCCGUCCCCGGGGCCGGGUGCGAAUCCCCGGUGGAGCUCGGGGCUCUCCCGGUGGAGCCGUGCCUGGAGCUCGCCCCGGGCUUCCCGGGUGGUCCCGAUGCUCUGCAGAGCCCCCUGCGCUUCUCCGAGGAGGAGCUGGAGCUGUUCAGCAGCGCGCUCUGCUCCAUGGACCUGCGCGACCUGGACUUGCCCUGA